AGAUUUUUUUUUGUUAUGUACCUGCAAAGUUGCUUUUAGAUCCGUUUCAAUUUUUUUAAAAUCAUCUUGUCUUGAUUGGUCAUAAAGGAGCCAUUUCUUUGUAAUAUAACGUUAAACAAAAACAAAAAAAAGAUGAAAUUCCUAUUGGUUUUCGCUAUCUUGGCCAUCACGGUUUUUGCUCAAGAUGAUUAUGGCGAAAAGAAAUUCGCCAAACAAUUGCUCGAAGAUUGUGAACAUCUUAAUCAAAUAGCUCUUGGAUUAAUAGAGGAAUAUGAACGUCACGAGAAAGGUCAUUUAUUGGAAACGGUCAAACAUGAAGCCGGAAUGGUGAAACCAUUGAUUGAUGAAUUGAAAGACGACAGUGAAAAAACGGAUUCGUUAAAACACCUAGCUCGAUUGCAUGUGAUUGAAGAACGAACGUUGUAUCUGGAGAAUCGAAUCGAUGAAGAAAUAGAAAUCGUACAGGAAAUAACCUUUGACUAUAAAAAUCGACAAAUGACUGUUAAACAAGUUGCCGAAAGAACUAAAAUUUUGAUCAGAGAAGUCAGUGAAGCAUUGGAAGAGAAUCAAGUGACACGUCGCAACCGAGAACCAGUUCAAUUCGAAUUGGAAUUGCUGAAUAAAAUGAUUAGGAGAUUAGAAUAUGAAGAUCCAACUACGAUCGCUGUCACCGAUGAAGAACGUUUGGCACGUAUUGAAAAAAGCUUGUACCAAUUGAUCAAACAUUUGAAACCAUUACCUACCCCCACAACACCUGUUCCAACUACAACGGUACCACCAACUACGGAACCACCAACAACAAAACCACCCACAACAGAACCACCAACUACGGUACCACCAACAACAGAACCACCAACAACAGAACCACCAACUACGGUACCACCAACUACAGAACCACCAACAACAGAACCACCAACUACGGUACCACCAACUACGGAACCACCAACAACAGAACCACCAACUACGGUACCACCAACUACGGAACCACCAACAACAAACCAGAACCACCAACUACGUGAGCAUGCUCAGAAUACAAGACAAUUUCGUCAUUGA